UGGGCGAGGAGGCCAUUUUCCAUCUCAGGAAGGAAGGAAGGGGCUGAGCGGGCGGGCGAGCGAGCGAACGAGACGGGGAGAGAAAGAGGAAAGCGAGCUCGGCGCCCCCCGGGCCGAGGAGAUAGGGGCAGAGCCUGCGGCUGAGGUAGCUGCAGGCCCUGGAGAGAUGUUCUCUCUGUCGAGCACGGUACAGCCCCAGGUUACUGUUCCUUUGAGUCAUCUCAUCAAUGCUUUCCAUUCACCGAAAAGCUCAUCUGUUUCUCUCAGUGCAUCAGUUUCUCAGAGUCAAUAUCGAGAAGCAGCCCCUGAACAUGAAGCUCCCAGCACUGAGCCUGUGCUUAACCUAAAGGACCUGGGAUUAUCUGAAUUGAAAGUUAGACAACUUGAUGAACUAGUUGAUAGUCUCCUUCCUGGCUUUAGUACAAGCAACAGAGUUUCUUCUCGAUGGCAUACAUCUUACAUCUCUGCACAGUCCUUCUUUGAAAAUAAACAUGGUUUCUUAGACAUUUUUAGCACCGUACGUUCCUCUUGCUUGUACAGACAACAUCCAAAAACUGUUCAAAGUAUUUGUGCAGAUCUUCAACGAUGGCCAGUUUUUGUACAGUCUCGGGGUUUUAAGACCUUGAAAUCAAGGACACGGCGUUUGCAAUCCACCUCCGAACGAUUCACAGAAACACAACAUGUGACCCCCUCUUUUGUAAAGGGGUUUCUUUUGCGGGACCGUGGAUCAGAUGUUGAAAGUUUAGAUAAACUCAUGAAAACCAAAAAUAUACCUGAAGCACACCAGGAUGCAUUUAAAACUGGCUUUGCAGAGGGUUUUCUGAAAGCACAAGCAUUAACUCAAAAAACAAAUGAUUCCUUAAGACGAACACGUUUGUUCCUCCUUGUUCUCCUGCUGCUUGGUAUUUAUGGACUAUUAAAAAACCCAUUUUUAUCUGUCCGAUUCCGGACAACAACUGGACUUGAUUCUGCAGUUGACCCUGUCCAAAUGAAAAAUGUUACCUUUGAACAUGUUAAAGGAGUGGAGGAAGCUAAACAAGAAUUGCAGGAAGUCGUUGAAUUCUUGAAAAAUCCACAGAAGUUUACUGUACUUGGAGGUAAACUUCCAAAAGGUAUUCUUUUAGUUGGACCCCCAGGGACAGGGAAGACACUUCUUGCUCGAGCUGUGGCUGGAGAAGCUGAUGUUCCUUUUUAUUAUGCUUCUGGAUCAGAAUUUGAUGAAAUGUUUGUGGGAGUAGGAGCCAGUCGUAUCAGAAAUCUUUUCAGAGAAGCAAAAGCAAAUGCACCUUGUGUUAUAUUUAUUGAUGAAUUGGAUUCUGUUGGCGGAAAGAGGAUUGAGUCCCCGAUGCAUCCAUAUUCAAGACAGACUAUAAAUCAACUUCUUGCUGAAAUGGAUGGUUUUAAACCUAAUGAAGGAGUUAUCAUCAUAGGAGCGACAAACUUCCCUGAAGCAUUAGAUAAUGCUUUAAUACGUCCCGGUCGCUUUGACAUGCAAGUUACAGUUCCAAGGCCAGAUGUAAAAGGUCGAACAGAAAUUCUCAAGUGGUAUCUGAAUAAAAUAAAAUUUGAUCAAUCUGUUGAUCCAGAAAUAAUAGCUCGUGGUACAGUUGGAUUUUCUGGAGCAGAGUUAGAGAAUCUUGUGAAUCAAGCUGCAUUAAAAGCAGCUGUUGAUGGGAAAGAUAUGGUUACUAUGAAGGAACUGGAGUUCUCCAAGGAUAAAAUUUUAAUGGGUCCUGAACGUAGAAGUGUAGAAAUUGAUAAUAAAAACAAAACCAUCACUGCAUAUCAUGAAUCUGGCCAUGCUAUCAUUGCAUAUUACACUAAAGAUGCUAUGCCUAUCAACAAAGCUACAAUCAUGCCAAGAGGACCAACACUUGGACAUGUAUCACUUCUACCUGAGAAUGAUAGAUGGAAUGAAACUAGGUCUCAGCUGCUUGCACAGAUGGAUGUUAGUAUGGGAGGAAGAGUUGCAGAAGAGCUUAUAUUUGGGACUGACCAUAUUACAACAGGUGCUUCUAGUGACUUUGAUAAUGCUACGAAAAUAGCAAAGCGAAUGGUGACUCGAUUUGGAAUGAGUGAAAAGCUUGGAGUCAUGACAUAUUCUGAUACAGGGAAAUUGAGUCCAGAAACUCAAUCUGCUAUUGAACAAGAAAUAAGAAUACUUCUAAGGGACUCAUAUGAACGAGCAAAAAACAUCUUGAAGACACAUGCAAAAGAACAUAAGAAUCUAGCGGAAGCAUUAUUGACUUAUGAGACUUUGGAUGCCAAAGAAAUUCAAAUUGUUCUUGAAGGCAAGAAACUAGAAGUGAGAUGAUAACUCUCUUCUUAUGGAUUCAGACCUGGUUUUAUUUUCAAGAAUGUAAAUCUAACAGUGCAGUAGUCUCCUUAUACAACAACCUUUUUUUUUCCCUUCCUGAUGCGUGCUGUAAUGUAUUAAUGAUGUUUUCAAGGUUAUAAUAUACUUUCUUGUGAGCCUUUUGUUACAUUUAUCUGAUUUCAAUUAUUCUCGAUGACACCUAGAACAAAUUAACUUUCCAUAGCAAAUAUCAUUAUAGACAAUAAAGAACUAUCAGGAUUGAACACAGCUUGUUUGAGAGACUUUAAUCAAACCUUAAGUUGGAAGUAAUGCUGCACCAUACUUUUCAUGGCUAGAUGAGGGAAAAUGAUGUCCUUUUAAGGUCAUAUGGAAUAGUUUGAGCUUGAUGUUUUAAGUUGUUAAAGGAUCAUCUUUGUUACAUUAUCAAUGGUUUUUGGCAUAGAAAUGAUGUUAUCUAGUUUUAAAUCCUGUCUUUGCCAAUUUCAAAGGGAGAACUCAUAAUAAAUAAAAACUCAUAAAGAUGUAUUCUAGAAUUAUAGUAGGGAGGUUUUUAAAAUCUGAAAAUUAGGGAAUAGAGUGGGCAUAGAGACAAAUGUAAAAUUUUGACACAUCAUAUCUUUUAUGUUAUUUGCAUACAGCAUAUAUCUUUGUAUCACCACGGUUAUCACCAUUAUAACAAGGGGAAAUUGUCUCAGCCCUGGAAUUUUGUUUUAAACAAAUAAAAAAAUCCCCUCUAAAAUCUUUAUCUUAUAUAAUUAUGCUAGGAAGCAAAGAAACAGAACAUUUGGUUUUUAAGGGUCCAUUACGAGUAUUGUUGACCUUUGUCGGAAUUGGGAGUUGCCUGUAUUUGGGGUUAGAAUUUGGCAUACUGAAAAUGAAUCACUUGUUCUUUGAAGAGAUUCUUGACCACAUUUUGUUUAAACCAGUAUAGAAAUAUUGUUUCAGAGCAGUGUCAAUAUACUGUUACCAUAACAAAACUCUCCUUUAAGUGAUUUUUAUUAAUAUUAUAUGUGGUUUUUUAAAAAGAGCUUCAAGGUCUGCAUGUUCUUUCUUGUAGAAGAUGGAUAUAAUUGAAGAUAUCUCUCUCAAAGAUAUUCUUGACUUAUUUUUAAAUCUCAUUUCUACAAGGACGUCAAGAAAAACAUACCUGGGUUACAUAAAAUUUAUUUUUCAUUUACUAUUUCAGUAAAAGUCAAACUAUCAAAACUUUCAUGAACUAAUUAUGAUCAGAUUAAAAAGUGUUGGUUUCGGCAACAUAUUUUUAGGUUUUUUUACUUGCAUUUUGAUGGAAAUACUUGCUUAUUUCAUAACUGCUAGUUAUUAGCAUUUCUGACUACAUGUAGAACAUCUUAAACAGCAUAUUUAAAAAAUAGUUUAUACCAGUGAAAGACAGUUAAAGAUCUGAAUAAGUACCUCAUAAAGAUGGAAUAAGGAUCUUUAUUAAGGAAUCUUUCUUUUUUUGUAAUUAUGUCACCAGUCUUCAUUUUUUAGCUACCAAUAUGGUUUCCUUUCCUUUCAGAACAAAUGCUUAGUACAACUUUAUACAUGGUUUACUGUGUUUUCACAUAGUCUCAAGAAUCUUGGUCUUGAUUAUCACAAGUAAGAAGCUAGCCUGUUAGAUUUAUAUGUAUUGUGGUAAUUGUGCUUUAGGGAAAGGAACCUCAAAAACAUUCUUCGUCUCUGUUUCUGGAACAAUAAAAAAUUUUAAUUAGG